AGGGGGUGGGGUGUUGAGGCGUUCAUGACCGUCGGACUGCACGGCGUCAAGAUCACGACGCAUUUCUGAAGUAGCAGAAGCCACAGCAGACGUGGUUUGCGCGUUUAUUCGAUUUAAUUGCUAUCCCGCGUAAAGUCCAUAAAGUACGCUUUUCGUCCUCACUGAGAAGACAGUCCGUUUUAUGCAGAACGCGACCAAAUUCCGAAAACAGGUUUCACAAAUCGUGUCCGGAAAUUCUUCGCUCAUGACGCACACUGACGCAACAACUUCCCAAUUCCCAGGACUACUGGAUGUUUAUCAUCAAACUCAAUGCUACGAUCGACUUCCUGUACCGAUGGCUCUCUCUGGUACAGAAAUGCUUCGUGCUAUUCAUCAAAUCUCAGAGUCUCUCAGCAGUCACGAACGCUUGAAGGUUUUCUACUUGUGUGAGACGUUGGACAUGGAUAAUACAGUAGCCCGUUUGAAGGACACGCUUGAAUCCAAAGUCAUGAGUUAUCACGCAGGAAGUCUGUUUUUGGCUGAGCUCAUGCUGCAUUUGAGAAGGUACGACAUCCUGAGGCGGGUUUUUGGGUCCAGCAGGGAUGAGGUGGAGAGAGCUUUGAGAUCCAGGCAGGUUCUUCCCAGAUUCAGAGUACUGAUGGCUCAUAUAAGUGAGGACAUGGCCAGCGAAGAUGUGAACAGUGUGAAAUUUCUGCUGGGUAACAUGCUACCACGUCACAAAAAGGAAACUGCCACGAACUUCCUGGACCUGAUUAUAGAACUGGAGCGCCUCGAUAAGAUUUCCCCCCAAAGAGUGGACUUUUUGGAGGAAUGCUUCAUGCAUGUUGGCAGGGUUGACCUGGCCAAAAAACUGAAGGUGUACAACAUGUCAGUAAACUUACCCGUACCUGAAGUAGGUGGGCACCAUGCUUGCCAGAGUCCAGUAAAUCAGUACAAAUUUACGAGUGAGACCAGAGGAGUGUGUCUCAUCAUAGACUGCGUGGGAAAUGAUGGAGAGAUGCUGGAGCACAUGUUUCAAUCGCUCCACUUCAACGUGACACUGUACAAAUGGCUUGGCCUGGUCGAGACCGUUUCAAAGCUCAGAGGGGUCUUCCGAGGAAGUCAGGAUCACCAAGGCGAUGGCUUUGUUUGCUGCAUCAUCAGCCGCGGUACCGGCACUCACCUCCUGGCCACGGACACGUGCAGCGAAGGGCUCUGUCUCAAAGAUGUCUGCCGUCUUUUCACCGGCGAUGCGUGUUCAGGACUGGUUGGCAAACCAAAGCUGUUCUUCAUCCAGAGCUAUAGUGUAUCGGCGGUCCAACCCUGUGCCAGAGAGAGCCGGGAUGAGAACCUGGAGACGGAUGCUGGUGGUGGACAGUUGACGCCCGAUUGUAUCCCAUCAGAUGCUGAUGUGCUCUGGAGUCACUGCUGGACUGCAGAACAUCAACUACAGCAAGCUCAACACCGCUCCAUUUACCUCAAGGCUUUGACCGAUACCUUAGGCAAGAGCCAGGAAAGGAGGAGACAUGUGCUAGAUCUUCACAAGGAGGUCAAUAGAGCAAUCUUUGAGCACAACCGGAGUCAUCCUGGUGAGGAAUAUCACCUAGACCUGAAAACCACUUUAAGAAAAGAUCUUUACCUGUAGACAUCCAACUACUCGCUCAUUUCAUCAUCGUCAGAUAUAUCAUAGGACUGCUGGAGAGCAGGAGCUGCCACUUAGGUGGCACGGAGAGUUUUUGGGUUUUUUGUGACACUAAAUUACAUUUCG